AUGCAGUUCCAAGUCAUCCUCGGUACUCUGGCUCUCGCCAUGAUGACUUCCGCUGUCCCCACGGCCCCUGCCGUCGAAAGCGUGAAGCUUAGUCAAGUCCAGGUCAAGAACCUCCUUGACGUUCUCAAGACUCAGUCGACACUUGCAGCCGACCAGGCCAUUAGCUGCACCGUUGCCUACACUUUGGCUUUGAGCGCAGCUGGACCGCCCUACACCAUUGAUCUGACCACCUUUGACCUGUCCAACUGCACCUACAGUGGCCCCUAG